GCAUGCUGGGAGGGUCUAAAGUUUUGAAACUGUCUGGCGGCAAAUCUCUCCAGCUGGCUCGCUGUCUGCGCCGGGAUCUCCCGCUCACCUCCCGUUAUCCCGCCAUGGCCGCCCGGACACCGAGGAAGAGGAAGCAGAGCUCCGUCAGUGCGGGGGACGGGCGCUGGUCGUCCUUCGGAACGCCGAUGAAGAAGUUGAUGUCGGAGUGCAGCGUCGUCCUGAGCCCGCUCCAGUCCAGGAACCCCAACAGCAGCAGCAGCAGCGCCGCCAUGAGACGCUCGCCGACGCCAAGCUACGCGGGAGAGCCCAAGGAUAAGGAGAACUUGGCCGCCUCCCCCCAGAAGAGCGCCGUCGCCCGCAAGCUCAUCGUGUCUCCCCAAGUGGCGGAGCGCGGCGACGAAGACGCCUAUGUCUUCUCACCAGUGAAGUCGCCGGACUCCUCCCCCUCCGGCCCGGUGCCCGCCAUGUCCUUCUAUAAGAAGGAGAGCAUCUACAUGUCGCCGAUCGACCGCAAGCGGAUCAGCGAGCGUAAGGGGCGGAGCAGUCCGGAGGCUCCGCCUCCCGCUACGAAGUCAGGCGGCAAGGAAAGGUCUAAGAUCACCAGGAUGAGGAAGCCGCCGAGCACCAAAAAAGAGGGAAGUUGGGCGGAAAUACUGCGCUCAUACCGAAAAAAGAGCGUAAUGUUGCCGCCAAAAAAUAAGAGCAACCCUGCCCCCGAUCGAUGGCGAAUCGGGCCCAACCGAAGCAGACCGGAACAUCGCCAGAGGAGCCGGGCGCUCAGAAGAACCGCCAUCCUGGGGACCAUGAAGCCGAGGCCGAAGUUGACCAUGGGCGCCGCUCUUCGCCACCAGCAGGAACCUCAUUCCGCGCCAAAGCGGCUCCCCGCCAACAACAAGUUUCCAGCGUCUUCCAAACCUUCGUUUAGACCCGCAGCGCCGAUGAUGAAGCCGGGAGGACAGUGCCGGGUGCAUCCGCCAGGAAGCGUUUACCGGUUGUGUGGAGUCUGUCCGGGGGAAGAACGAGCCCUGGAAAUCGGCGCCACCGGGAGGCGGGACCCCACCAUUUACCCCAUCUUCAGCACUCCGUCUGUCACCAAGAAACGGCCCUUAGGUUUCCAGGGGGGGCUGGCGUCUCCGGUUUGCUCCAGUACUUCCGCUGAGGCGCCGCCUGCCGUAACCAAAGUACCAAAACCGAGCAAGAGGAAAGACUCAAACAGGACCGCCGACGAUCAGCUGAUCAUUGACGCUGGUCAGAAGCACUUUGGGCCGGUGACGUGCAGCACCUGCGGGAUGAUCUAUUCGGCGUCCAGGCUGGAGGACGAGGCGCAGCACGCGCAGUAUCACCAGAGGCUGCUGGAGAGCAUCCACUACGUGGGUUGGAAGAAAGAGCGAGUCGUGGCCGAAUUCUGGGACGGAAAAAUCCUGAUGAUCUGCCCCGAAGAUCCGAAAUACGCCCUGAGGAAGGCGGAAGAGGUGCGAGAACUGGUGGACGCGGAGCUCGGCUUCCAGCAGACGAACCUGAAUUCUCCCAGCAGGACCCGCACUUACCUCUACGUGACCAACGACAAGAAGAUCGUGGGGUGCCUGAUCGCCGAGCCAAUCAAACAGGCGUUCCGGGUCCUGGCCGAGCUGUCAACUCCGGACAUCAGAUCCAUGUGUGCGCUGGAGCGGCACCGAGCCUGGCGCUGCUCGUCCGAACCUCAGCCGGCGAUCUGCGGCAUCAGCAGGAUCUGGGUGUUAGCCCUGAUGCGCAGGAAGAGCAUCGCCAGCCGCCUGGUGGACACCAUGAGGAGUUCCUUCAUUUACGGCUCGCGCCUGACAACCGAUGAAAUCGCCUUUUCAGACCCGACACCUGAUGGGAAGCUUUUCGCCAGCAACUACUUAGGAGUCCCCGACUUCCUGGUGUACAACUUCCUCAGUUAGACGUGCUGCAGUUUGUUGAGAGCGGUAGUCCCUGCAGCCUGCUGGGAGUUGUAGUUUUGCAGCGGUUGGAGACCGCUGGGUUUGAGCUUGUUGCACUUUUCCUCUUGUUCGCUGCUACGGAUCGGCCUCAUGUCGCUUCCGAGGAGGUUUAUUCUGUUUUUAAUGCUUUUAUAGAUGUGAUGUGUAAGAGGCUGCGCAGCUGGAGUGUUCCUC